CAUAGAUGGAUGCUGCCGAGCACGAUCUUGAUGCCAAACUCUACAAGGCAUCAGGGAACCUCCUUCAAGAAUUCAAAACCAAAUUGCCGCAGCUCAUAUAUCACCAUAGCCGGCUCCCACAAACGCGACGUCUUUUUGUUCUUGAUUCCAAGUGCGAGGAGUUGAGGUCGCUGCUCGAUCGCUUCCAAGAAUGGCCUCAGCUGUUAGAUCCUCAUUUAUCGGAGUUUGUCCAGCUCCUGUCAACCUCCUUUGUGGACUAUCUUGUCAACUCGAACAGCCACUAUUGCACCAGUAUCACAAGGGGCUAUAGCGGCAUCUCGCCUCUACCACGAGCAAUAUGCCGCCUCCUUUAUUCGCUGUGCAAGGUUCGCGGCUACAAGGUUGUUGUUCGACUACUCAACAAUGAGCCAAGGUAUCUGGCUCCCAUGUUGUCAACUUUCAGGACAUGGAGUUCUGGUUCGUUUGGCAUGGCGUGGGAAGAACGUUAUAUCAUUAUGUUGUGGCUAUCACACCUGAUGCUCGCGCCUUUCGAGCUAGCUAACAUGUCUCUGGAUGAUCCGGCCUCGGACGCUGCCAUUCCAGGUACCUUUGCACACCUGCCUAACGCCGCUGGCGAUGUAAUCUCGCUGGCUCUAGAGCAACUCGAAAGCUCAGGUAAAGAACGAGAGGCUGCAAGUGUGUUACUGGUACGCUUGAGUCUUCGGACGGACAUGCAAGCUCAUAAUGUGGCGUCAGUCCUCGUUGAUUAUGCGGUCGAAAGCCUCCUCCACGAUCAAGACCUGCUGAAGACCAGUCCCUACAGAGCUCUUGGCCUCCUGUCCCUGAUUUAUGGAAUUAUAAGUGCGAGCUCUGACAGCGAAGCAGCUCCAUUCAUUCAACCCCUUUUUCGGAGCAUGAUAGAACUGGCAAAUAGCCGGCAGAAAUCGCAUACUGGCAUUCGAGAUUCCGCUCCCGCAAGGAAACUCAUUCUGAAAAUCCUAAGAUCUAUUUUGACUCACGCAAUAUCUCUCAACGAAAACACCAAUACUGCCUCUGAGGACUUGCUGACCAAUAUGCUGGAGGAGAGUAUUCAGUAUUUUCUGGAUGCUCUGCACGACAAGGACACGCCUGUGAGAAUGGCGGCUGCAAAAUCUCUCAGUGUCGUUGUGCUGAAGUUGAGCUCAGAUAUGUCGCGAGAAGUUAUUGAAGCUAUACUGAGUUCUCUUGAGGAAAACGUGCUUCUCGAAACCCCAAAGACCCAAAAGCUCGUGCCUAUCACAGACCAGGCCAAAUCUGACUCAAUCGGCUUGAAGAGGAACAUCAGCGCCGUCGAUCCUCUUCAAUGGCAUGGACUGAUGUUGACAUUGGGACAUCUUUUGUUCCGGCGGUCCCCUCCUCCUGACAUUCUCCCGGAAAUCAUCCAGGCCCUGAUUCUUGGGCUAGAGUUCGAGCAAAGGUCAAAUGUCGGAACAUCUGUCGGAAUCGGCGUCCGCGAUGCUGCUUGCUUUGGUCUUUGGGCAUUGGCUCGAAAGUACAGCACUGUAGAGCUGGGCCUGAUCUCCGUUUCGAGUUUUGCUGAAGCGGCACAGGAUUCGUAUAUGGACUGUAAGAGUGUUCUGCAGUUAAUAGCGAUCAAGCUGGCUAUAUCUGCCUGCUUCGAUCCUUCUGGCAAUAUACGACGCGGAUCUUCCGCAGCUCUGCAGGAGCUCAUCGGACGGCACCCCGAUAUCAUCAUUCAUGGUAUACCAGUGGUACAAAUUGUCGACUAUCAUGCCAUCGCUCGGUUGUCCAGAGCUAUGACAGAAGUCGCUCCACAAUUAGCAACCCUGGGCCAGAUAUAUCACAGGCCUCUUCUACAGGCACUUGUUGAGUGGCGAGGUGCACGCGCUACUGAUGUCAACCAGAGACGGUGGGCUGCUGAUGCCAUCUCCCGUCUCACGAAGCCGUCAACAGCUGAGGUCACCUUGCUACUCAUCAAUGUCACUCUUGAGCAGCUGUUCGACAUGAAACCGGCCAAUAUCGGCAGCACAGCAGCUGCCCGGCACGGCCUACUUUUGGCCCUGACAUCGGCACUGGAGUCAGCCACAGACAGUGACUCGAUGACUAUGAAGUCUUGGUUCAUGAAACAGGAACAAGGCAUUUAUGCGUUGACACGAUUGACUGGUAGGAUGGACGUGAGAGUUACUGCUGAUUUGGAGCUUGUCAUGGAAGGAAUCGCUGCCUUGAUAGGAGCCAUGUGCCGAACUUUCAAGAUUCUCGGAUGCGAUUGCUCGAGUGGUAUCCAGCAGGAGUGGAUGGUCUCUGCAUCAGAAAUUUUGAAUCAAUGCACAGUAGCCGGUGUGAAAGUUGCAGUGGUCCAGGCAAGCAGCGAGGCCAAUCUGGAUCUGAUCAAGAUGCUUCCGGACUCAGCUGAUGCCGAAUUGGUCGAGAAGUGGCUGGACAGCAAGGCCCAGGCUCCCACAGCUUUCACGAGUAAAGGUCGAAUCAAGACGUUAAGCCUUGUCCAUGCCUACUUGGCUAGCUUGGGUCUACAUUCGAGCCUUCAAAAGUCCAUCAAGUCAUAUACCAUUGGAAUCGUACAAGGCAGCCACAAGAUUGAAACUAGAGUUGAUGCUAUGGAGGCACUUGGUGUGAUUAUUGUGAACUCAGACCUCUGCUCACGAAACGAAGCAGAGGAGAUGGCCGAAGUCCUCUGCUGUGGCUUGGACGACUACUCGAACGAUCAGAGAGGUGAUAUUGGCUCGAUGCUUCGUCUUCAAAGUAUUGAUGCCCUCGACGCUUAUCGCAUUGGGUCAUCUCAGUCGUCAGAAGUCAUUUCCCAGACUUGCCUGCCAUACGUGGCAAAACUGGCGUCGGAAAAGCUCAUCAGUGUUCGCUUCCGUGCGUGGAAGUGCUUAGAAGGCUACUGGGGAACGAGUACAAAUCUGCCGCAGCUCGAGCAUACCUUCGACUAUCCUGCCGACGUGUCGUCAAUUUCCUACUUUCUGGAGCUCUUGAAGCUCCUCCAAAUUUCGAGCUUUCGCGAGCACCUCCUUACAGGCUUCGUCUCAUCAGCCACUUCGGGGACAGAGGAUAUCUGCCGUGCUGCAAGCAAUGCAUUUGUGACAUAUAUGCAACAGCUCGAUGAUGAAUCUCGCAAGAGAACGACCGAGAAGGUCUCCUCCAUUAUCCUUGACCAGCUGAAUCAAAAUGCGUUACAAGAUGAUCGACAGGUUGUCCCGCUCCUUCAAUUCCUGUGUUUCCUCCUGGAUCAAAACUUGUUGAUCGAAGCCUCGGCGGAUAUCUGGGCCAUCAUGAAGAAGGUGCACAGCCCUAAUUCCAGUCUGUCAAGGAUAGAGGCUGCGAUGAAUUGUUAUGCCAGACUGCUCGCAAUCGGCCACUACCAGAGGCAGGCUAAGGACAAGCUCACGCGCCAGUUGCUUCAUCGCUGGCCAAAGGUCCGUAAUGAUGCAGCAGAUCUGUUAUACUUUGAAACCGGCAACACCAUGUUGGCCACGGUCGACUGGAAUGGAGCUCUAACGAAUACCAAGCCGGUUGUCCUUAAACUAAGGAAAGAGCUUGGAGUUUCCGGGAUCGACACUUCCAACUAGUAGCUGUGCAGUAUCCAGAGUGACAAAACAGAUCAACUAAGUGCUGGGAUCGAUGAUCAACCGUCCAGCCCGCGCGACUUCAAGCACCGUGAGACGGUGUCCUUGACGGACUUCUCGUUGUAUUGUUCCCAGGCAUCGUACAGCGCUAUCAUCUCCUGUGUUCCUUCGAUCAUCCGCUCAAUGUCAAUACCAGAUUCUACCAGGAAUUUCAUCGUGUUCUGCAUUUUCUCCGACUCCUUCGCCGUGGCAAUUGCCUUUUCUUUGUCGAAGGGCUGAGUAUCACUCUGCUGCAUUCGAGCUUUGCCAUUCCCAUUGGAGGUGUUUGGCAACACUGCUUGGCUCGACAUCUGGAGAUUCCCCAGGACACCUCCAAAUGAACCAGAAAGGUUCUGGCGGCCGACGAGAGACGAGAAUGGCCCGUUGUCGGGGUUGGACAGAGUUUCAUGGGACAAGGGUCGCAAGGUUCCUGUGGACUUGGCUGUUGGCAGGAAGACCACUGCAAGAAACAUUGCAAUAACUGCAGUGAGAUGUGGAGCACAUGUCAAGGGCAAAUCCGUCAUGAAACUGUCGUUGAUGAUGGACCAGGCUAGACCAAGUUCGUCGUUGGACAACUUCAGAUCUUGAUUCUCCUUAAGUGCAAUCAGAGAUCGAUAUGGAUGCCAAACGAUUAAUUGCGACCGCAUAUCGGAAAUGAGACAGAAUUCCAUCUCACCCAAUCUUGCGACGUCUCCAGGAAUAAAUUCUGGCCACGACUGUCUGGCCUCGGCAGCAACAAGUCGUACGUGGUGAGGCGAUUCCUCUGUCUUGGACGCUAGAUAAAAAGCCGUUGCCGCCAAGAGGUACAGAUUGACAUUCUGCAUCGGUGUCGAGAGGAAGUAUCUGUGCAAGUAGACCAGAGCUGUUGCCACACAUUGUUGUCUGAAUUGCAGGCGCUUAGCCAGCUGAAGCAGACGAUCAC